CCCUCUCUUCGUGUUCCGUCUUUUCCCUUCCAGCCCGUUUCGCAGAAAGAGAGAGAGAGAGAGGAGAGAGGUCUGAUCUGGUUUAGGAAAUCAGGGAGAGAUGGAUCUCUCUGGAAGAAGAAACCUACGAUCUCUUUGUUUCUUGGCGAUCUUAUCGCUAGGAUGUCUUUGUGCAUUCGUCAUUGCGAAAGAAGAGGCCACCAAGUUGGGAACAGUUAUUGGUAUCGACCUUGGAACAACAUACUCUUGUGUAGGUGUGUACAGGAACGGUCAUGUGGAAAUCAUUGCCAAUGACCAAGGAAACAGAAUCACUCCAUCUUGGGUGGCUUUCACGGACACUGAGAGAUUGAUUGGUGAGGCAGCUAAGAAUCAAGCUGCUGUAAAUCCCGAGAGGACCAUUUUUGAUGUCAAGAGAUUGAUUGGUAGAAAGUUUGAGGAUAAGGAAGUUCAAAAAGACAUGAAACUUGUUCCCUACAAAAUUGUGAACAAGGAUGGGAAGCCAUACAUACAAGUGAAAAUCAAGGAUGGAGAAACGAAGGUAUUCAGCCCUGAGGAAAUCAGUGCAAUGAUUUUGACUAAGAUGAAAGAAACAGCUGAAGCUUUCUUGGGGAAGAAAAUUAAAGAUGCUGUUGUGACAGUUCCUGCAUACUUCAAUGACGCCCAGAGGCAGGCGACAAAGGAUGCUGGCAUAAUUGCUGGCCUAAACGUUGCUCGUAUCAUUAACGAGCCUACGGCAGCAGCAAUUGCUUAUGGCCUGGACAAGAAGGGAGGAGAGAAAAACAUUCUUGUCUUCGACCUUGGCGGUGGCACUUUUGAUGUCAGUAUUUUGACCAUUGACAAUGGUGUUUUCGAGGUUUUGGCUACGAAUGGAGACACACACCUUGGAGGCGAGGAUUUUGAUCAGAGAAUCAUGGAGUACUUCAUUAAAUUGAUCAAGAAGAAGUACGGAAAGGACAUCAGCAAAGACAACAGAGCUCUUGGGAAACUGAGGAGGGAAAGUGAGCGCGCCAAGAGAGCACUGAGCAAUCAGCACCAAGUCCGGGUUGAGAUCGAGUCUCUGUAUGAUGGCCUGGAUUUCUCCGAGCCUUUAACCCGUGCUCGCUUUGAAGAGUUGAACAAUGACCUAUUCAGGAAGACCAUGGGUCCUGUCAAGAAGGCCCUGGAGGACGCUGGGUUGGAGAAGAAGCAGAUUGAUGAAAUUGUUCUCGUUGGUGGAAGCACUAGGAUUCCCAAGGUUCAGCAGCUUCUCAAGGACUUUUUCGAUGGGAAAGAGCCCAAUAAGGGUGUCAAUCCAGACGAAGCUGUUGCAUACGGAGCAGCUGUUCAAGGAAGCAUUCUCAGUGGUGAAGGGGGUGAAGAAACCAAAGAUAUUCUUCUUUUGGAUGUGGCCCCACUCACUCUUGGCAUUGAAACCGUCGGUGGGGUGAUGACAAAGUUGAUUCCGAGGAACACGGUCAUCCCAACCAAGAAAUCUCAAGUCUUCACAACAUACCAGGACCAACAGACCACUGUCUCUAUUCAGGUGUUUGAGGGUGAAAGAAGUCUUACCAAAGAUUGCAGGCAGCUGGGAAAGUUUGAUCUUACCGGAAUUCCUCCUGCUCCAAGGGGUGUCCCACAAAUUGAGGUCACGUUUGAGGUCGAUGCCAAUGGCAUCCUGAACGUGAAGGCGGAGGACAAGGGCACGGGGAAGUCGGAGAAAAUCACCAUAACGAACGACAAGGGGCGACUGAGCCAGGAAGAGAUCGAUCGGAUGGUGAGGGAAGCGGAGGAAUUCGCAGAGGAGGACAAGAAGGUGAAGGAGAAGAUUGACGCCCGCAACAGCCUCGAGACAUACGUCUACAACAUGAAGAACACCGUCAAUGACAAGGACAAGCUGGCGGACAAGCUGGAGGCUGAUGAGAAGGAGAAGGUGGAGGCGGCGGUGAAGGAGGCGCUCGAGUGGCUUGACGACAACCAGAGCGCUGAGAAGGAGGACUACGAGGAGAAGCUCAAGGAGGUGGAGGCCGUCUGCAACCCCAUCAUCACCAAGGUUUACCAGAGAACCGGCGGUCCCGCUGGCUCUUCUGGUGGCGACGACGACGACGACUCGCAUGAGGAGCUGUAGAGUUUUUAUAGACUGGACCAUCCCCCCCUUCUUCUUCCUCUAAUUGUUCUAUAACGAAACCGAGAGAUUUAGUUAAGAGAAUAUGCCAAAGAGUCCAUCAGUCGGUGUUUUGAGAAAAGCUACGUUUUUCUUUCCUUGCCUGUAGAGAAAUCUCCUUCUGAACUUUUUUCCCCAUAACAUUGUCUUUUACAUCCCAUCGUGUAGCUGGAAUUCAAGACUGAAUUUUUUGGAA